GUUGUUGUCAUGUGAUUUUCUGGACAGCUGAGUGAAAAGAGAAUUUAGCUUAUUUAUUGAAAGAAAAGUUAAAAUUUUGUAUUUUUAUUUAUAUUUUCUUUAUCAAUAUGGAGUUAACAUCGAAUUCCAAAUUAACUUCUUUGUCCGAUGAUAUAGAAAAAGAAGGCAUUUUGGAUGCCACUGGAGCUUUACAACAGCGAGCAGCUGAAAUUCGUGGGCAGAUGGUUAAUUGGAUGUCAUAUUUGCAGAGCAAUAUGAUUACUCAAGAUGACUACAAUUUCAUAAUUGCCUUUGAUAAAGCCAGGGACAAGAAAGCUAGAGAUGCUAUUCUAGAAACUCAAGCCCAUCAGUGUUCUAAAACCUUCUUGAGUUUACUUGGUCACAUUUCUAAAGAUCAGACCCUGCAAUAUAUUCUAAUAAUGAUUGAUGACAUGUUGCAGGAAGACAAAUCUAGAGUUGAGCUGUUUAAGCCUACAAAAACGAAAAAGAAAAGUGAUUCUCUGUGGAGUCCAUUUCUCAGUCUGUUAAAUAGACCUGAUGGUUUCAUUACAAAUAUGACUAGUCGUAUUAUUGCAAAAUUGGCUUGCUGGAGCAAAGAGCUGAUGGAUGGAUCUGAUUUGAACUUUUACUUAACAUGGUUGAAAGAUCAGCUUCGCCAGCCUAACAAUGAAUAUAUCCAAUCAGUUGCACGUUGUUUGCAAAUGAUGCUUCGAAUAGAUGAAUAUAGACUAGCAUUUGUUGCUGUUGAUGGAAUAUCUAAAUUGGUAACUGUUUUAGCUGGUAAAGGCAACUAUCAGAUUCAGUAUCAGCUUAUAUUUUGUGUGUGGGUAAUGACAUUCAAUGUUACAUUGGCAGAAAAAAUGAACAAAUUCAAUGUCAUACCAAUUCUGUCAGAUAUUUUGAGUGAAUGUCCUAAAGAAAAAGUUACAAGAAUAAUCUUAGCUACUCUAAGGAAUUUGAUUGAAAAACCUGAUGACAGUGCCAUCAGCAGAGAUAAUGCUAUUGCAAUGGUUCAUUGUAAAGUUUUGAAGCAGUUGGACAUUCUGCAGAGCAGGAGAUUUGAUGAUCCUGAUAUUGUUGAGGAUCUUGAAUUUUUGACAGAAACUCUUCAAACCAGCAUUCAGGAUUUGAGCUCCUUUGACGAAUAUUCUACAGAAGUGAAAUCUGGAAGGUUAGAAUGGAGUCCAGUACACAAUUCAGAAAAGUUCUGGAGAGAAAAUACUCCUCGUCUAAAUGAAAAAAAUUAUGAAUUGCUUAAGAUUUUAAUUUAUCUUCUGGAGACCAGUAAGGAUCCCUUGGUGUUGAGUGUAGCUGCACAUGACAUUGGGGAAUAUGUUCGACAUUAUCCUCGAGGAAAACACAUUAUUGAAGGAUUAGGUGGUAAGCAGCAAGUUAUGCACCUUCUUUCUCAUGAUGACCCCAAUGUUAGGUAUCAAGCACUGUUAUGUGUUCAGAAACUGAUGGUCCAUAACUGGGAAUACCUCGGCAAACAGCUUGAAAAGGAAACUAGUCAAGCUAUCCCAGCAAAAGGAUAGAUUAAUAAAUUGCUAAAUGAUUGACCAGGUUCUUGGUUUCAAUAUUCUUUGUAUGUAAUGGAAAAUAAUUGCUUCAUAUAUAGCCAAGGAUCAACUUCUAGUGUGUUUUGUGAGUAUAGUAAUGUUUUGUUGUGUGAUGGUUAUCAUGACUAUACAUUCCAGAUGUCAUUGGAAAGUGCUGGUGGAAUAUAAGAUUUUCUGAUUUUUGGUAGUGACAAAUGUGAUUUAUUUUGGAUGCUGUUAACUCUAGUCUUCAUAUGAUGUUUAAUGAUAUUAGCAAUUAUUAAUAUCUCCUUUGGAGGAAUUUCUGAGAAACUGAUUGUUUAAAUUAUUUUAUUGAUGUUUUUUUAUCACUUUUGUAAGUUCCUUUGAAACUCAUAUUUUUGUAUAUAAUUGAAGUAUGUAAUUUAUUAAAUCGAACAUUAAUUUUAUUUAAAAUAUGAAAAAUAUUGUUAAUUCUUCUAUAUUCAAAGUUUAAAACAAAGCAAUAGUAACUGAAUCAGAUAAUUAUAAUCCAUGGAAAUACUUGU